CCUCUCUCUCCUCACGACCACCACAGCAGCAGCAAGUGAGAAGACUUGUAGUCGAGGAGCUGGGGAGCAAGCAAGCAAGAAGAGAGCCGAGAGAGCUAAGCUAGCGCGCGAUGGCGAGGUCUUCCAAGAUGAUGAUGGCGGCGGCGGCUCUACUGGCCCUGGCUCUGGCCGUGGCGACGACCGCCGAGGCGAGGAACAUCAAGACGACGACGACGGCGGCGGCGGCGGAGAAGAAGGCGGACAACGACGCGGUGGUGCAGCCGCAGACCUUCCCGCCCUUCGACCGCCUCGGCGGCGGCGCGUCCCCGGCGUUCGGCGGCCUCCCCGGCACCGGCAGCAGCAUUCCUGGCAGCAGCAUUCCCGGGUUCAGCCUGCCCGGGAGCAGCGGCGGCAGCAGCAUGCCUGGGUUCCUGCCCGGCAGCGGCAGCAUCGGCAGCAUGCCCCUCUUCGGCGGCGGCUCCCCGUUCAGCGGCUUCGGCGGCAUGCCCGGCUCCCCCACCGCCGGCUCCGUCCCCGAGCACGCCAACAAGCCCUGAACUCCGUCAGUCGCCGGCGUGGUAGUAGAGUGAUGCUACUAUAGUACGUCGUCGUCGUCGUCGUCAUCGUGCGUGCGUGCGUGCAUGCAUGCGUGGUUGGUUGGUUGCAUUGGUUUCCCCUAGCUACAUACGAGCAGUUCUUGUGUUCUAGCUAGCUAUAGCUCGUGUUCUAGUACUGCUUUUAGUUACCUGCAUGCAUUAUUGGAGAGCUGGAUGUGUUCCAUUUGUUGUUUGCUUCAUUAUUAGUUCUGUCUAUGUGAGACAUAUGGUGUUUAGCUGUUGGUGAUGACUGGUUGUAGUAGUGGUGGUGAUGUUCUUGAGGCAUGAAUAAUGCUACAUGUGAUGUGAUGUUUGUUGAAUUGUUGUGGUAAACCUGUUGUGCAUGC